AUGAACACCCCCCAAUCAGCUCGAUUAUUGCACAAAAUCCCUAUCAAGAUACUCUACAAACCUCUACACCGAUCGGUCUCCACAGAUUCUGCCAUCAACCGUGGUCUCCGUCGUUCAGCUGCUGCAGAUCGUUACUAUGGCUGUCAAAAGGACACUCGCGAGUACGACUAUAGCCCUGAGCCUGCAAUCUACCAAAAUUCCCCCCCACCCCUUGAUCCCACAAUCCGACGGGUUGUCGCUAGAAGAGAGGGAGAACCUAAGGGCGAUUACUUUGAGCUAGAACCAAGACGAGAACUAUCACCCCGUCUUGACCACGAACCCCCUCAAUUCGGUUACACUCCCGCCCCCCGUCGAUAUAUACCAAAAGUAAACUACGAUGCGGAAUGGAUAUACGGCACCUCUGUCGUAGAGGCUGCUCUAAGGUGCAAACGAAGGGAACUAUACAAACUUUACGUCUACGCAGGCGAUAACAGAACACCCGCCGCUCGGGAGCGGGACCGGGACAUGAAGGAUCUGGCACGGACCGCAGGUGUAGAAAUUGUCGACGAGGAGGACAUGGGGAAGAUGGAUAGUAUGAGUAACUCGAGGCCGCAUAAUGGCUAUGUUCUUGAAUGUCUACCUAUAAAAAGAACCCCUAUUAUAGCACUUAAAGGCGUCCAAGAAGAUAGAAACUUCUUUACAUUGGAGAUGGCCAGACAUUAUUUCGACGGCCGGCCAGUGACCGAACACUAUUAUGAUAAGAUUCGCUGCAGGGAUCCAAAAAGAAGAUACCCAUUCGUUCUCAUGUUGGACGAAAUAUUGGAUCCCGGCAACAUGGGGGCCAUCCUCCGCUCAGCCUACUUCCUGGGUGUAGAUGCUGUGACCAUUACGGCAAGAAAUUGCGCCCGACUCUCACCCGUCUGUCUAAAAGCCUCCGCUGGAGCCGCGGAACUCCUCCCAAUAUUCGAGCACGCAAAAAGUGAACGCAUGAUAACCCAGUCCACGGAAAAUGGCUGGACCGUCUACGCCGCCAUCCCACCGCCAACGAAGAACCAAGCCCGCAGAGAUCGAUACGUCUAUGCUCCCGAAGUGGCUGAGGUAGUUAAGGAGGGCCCCGUAGUGCUGCUCGUGGGCAACGAGGGGGAGGGUCUCCGACCACCGUUGAAGAAGUUGGCCAAGUUUUGUGUUAGUCUGGUUAAGGGGCCCGGUACUGACAGCUUGGUGGAUUCAUUGAAUGUUAGCGUUGCGACGGCGUUACUCUGCUCGAAGUUCCUGGGGGCCUGAUGGAUGAGAUUCAUGAAGUGCGUGUACAUUAUUGUUGAGUACUCCCCGUGAUUCAAAAUAGAUAUUUUCCCGCCAUGUAUGUAGAUUUACAAGUGAAGCUUCCUGAAUUCCGCUAGUAUC